AUGUCUCGAAGCAAACCACUGGCUUAUCAGUCUUCCAAAGCUGUCUUAGAGUAUAUUAAUUUUGGGAAAAGAAAACAUUUCUAUGCCAUGUGCCCAGCAAUCAGAAAAAUGGAAGAAAUGUUGCCCUAUCACCUCGAAUUAGUCAUGUUGUUGGGUGUGGGGCAAUACCAUAUUAUCACGAAAUUUGAUUCUUUUGGAUUUUCAUUUUCGGAGAAUGAAGGAAAUGAGAUGCGUAUGAAUAACCAUUCUAACAGGAAACAUGUUGAUCGGCUCACCUGUUUGGGACCCGAACAGGCAGUGGAGAAAUUUGUAUUGUAUAAUUUAAGCAGAAAGGGGACACGCAUCAAAAAUGUUGAGUUGAUGACCGGACCAGAGUUCAUUUCGAAAUGCAUUCCAAUUGCUAUCAAAAACUUGGAUGUGAAGAGAACCACUGCAUGGUUCCCAACAAUUAUUCCAAUUGAAUAUGUGGAAAUAGAUACUACACUUCGAGAAGACACUCUGAAAAUGGCGAAGCACGUAACAGUGAGAAUUCUGGGGUAUAUCGCAGAAAGAAUCAACACAGAAAUAGUAUCAGAAUGGAAUUGUGAACUCAUCCUAAUUGAUUCAUGGAUGCGGAAAGAAGAGAUUGCGGACUACUGUAGCAAAGUAUCGAAAAGAUCCGAUAGACCGAUUGGAAGUAUUUUGAUGGCAAAUCACAGUUUAUCCGUGAAAUUCAUAUUUGAUAUUCUAGAUUCGAAACUGAACGCCAGAAAGACAAUGUUGGAUGGCAGAAAAUGUGUAACAAUUCCAAUCGACGAGUCAACAGAGUUGAACGUAUACCGUUCGAUCUUUGAUCAUCACUAUAAAGUUGUGGAAGUCUGUGAGAGAGGAACUGCAAUCGAUCAAGUUGUUUGA